UUUCCCCACACCCCUUUACCUCCUUCAACUAAAACACUUACACACCACGCAAACACAAUGCUCCACGGCUUAGCUGCUUCGUCAUCUCCUUCACUUCUGGUCUCUACUUCUCGCCUCUCCACUCUCUCUUCCUCUCUCCUCCCUCCCGCUAAGCUCUCCAUUAAACCUUCGACCUUUCCGCGUAAUUCCAAAUCACUGUCUCUCUUCGCCAGCCGCAUGAGUUGGUUGGGAAAGCUAGGGCUAGGUUUUGRCACCCGAGCUGCUGAAACCUCCGCGGUUUCUUCUUCUUCUUCCAUCGCUCAAGGUCCCGACGACGACAUACCCGCACCCGGGCAGCAGUUCGCUCAAUUCGGUGCCGGAUGUUUCUGGGGCGUCGAGUUGGCUUACCAGAGAGUUCCCGGAGUUACCAAGACGGAGGUUGGAUACAGUCAAGGUCAUCCGCAUAAUCCGACCUAUAACGACGUUUGCUCGGGGACCACGCAGCAUGCCGAGGUUGUUAGGGUUCAAUACGAUCCCAAGGAGUGCAGUUACGAGAAUUUGCUUGAUGUUUUUUGGGCUCGCCAUGAUCCUACCACGCUUAAUCGGCAGGGGAAUGAUGUAGGCACACAGUAUAGAUCUGGUAUAUACUAUUACACGCCAGAGCAAGAGAAAGCUGCACGAGAGUCAAUGGAACAACAGCAGAAACAGUUAAGCAGGAAAAUUGUUACCGAGAUUCUACCAGUAAAGAAAUUCUACAGAGCAGAAGAGUACCAUCAACAGUAUCUGGCAAAAGGAGGCCGAUUUGGGUUCAAGCAGUCAACCGAGAAAGGCUGCAAUGAUCCAAUCCGCUGCUACGGCUGAGUUGAAGCCUUGAAGGCAGUCCUAACAUGAAGCAUACGUUCCAUGCCUGCGUUAAAAGGAGGUUGUUAACGAGUUUCGUGUAUUCUUCCUUGAACUGGAUAUAUCUAGUUCUAGUCCAUGUAAUGCAAUAUCAACGGCUGGAUCUAAAUGUUGGCCUUAAAGUUCUAUAUAUAUUUAAUGUAUUGUUAAUAGCAUCUAACCCUGCGUCUAUCUUGCCUUUACUGUGCAUAUAUACUUGGUUUUUCAUUCCUGUUUA